AUGAUCACCAAUGUAACAAGGAUGAAAAGCUUCUUCAUCCUUGGAUUUCCUGGACUUUCACCACAGUAUUAUGGACCCAUAUCAACUUUUCUUUUUUUUGUUUACCUAGCAAUUGCAUUGGGGAACAUUUUCAUUUUAUCAUUUGUUGCCUAUGAAAAGUCCCUGCAAAAGCCAACAUAUCUGGUCUUUUGUCACCUGGCCCUGAAUGACUUGACAUUUGGCACUGUGACACUGCCAAAAAUCAUGUCAAAAUAUUGGUUUGACAAUAGUGUUAUUUCAUUUUAUGGCUGUUUUACGCAAAUGUUCUUUGUUCAUUAUUUGGGAUCAGUAACAUCUUUCAUCUUGCUGGUAAUGGCUCUUGAUCGAUUUGUUGCAAUAUGUAUUCCUCUUCGUUACCCUGUUCUAAUUACAAACAGUGUCAUAUCUGUGUUGUGUGGGUUUGCUUGGUUCAUACCUCUGCCUUUGAUGAUAGCUGUUGUACUCCAUGCCCUAACUUUACCUUUCUGCAAAUCAAACAUCAUUGUUCAAUGCUACUGUGACAACAUAUCCAUAAUAAGCCAGGCUUGUGGAGACGAUGUUAGAAUUGUUGUAGUCACUUCACUCUGUUUAGCCAUGUUUUGUCUUUUGCUUCCUCUUGCAUUCAUUUUGUUUUCCUACAUUUCUAUUAUUGUGGUUAUUAUGAAAAUGUCCAGUUCUGCAGGGCGCAAAAGAACCUUAUCCACUUGUACUUCACAAAUAUUUAUCACAUGUCUUUUUUAUCUACCCAGAUGUUUUGUUUAUGUGACUUAUGCUGUUGGAUUUUCUUUCAGUUUAGAUGUCCGCAUUGGGUUGAUAUUGCUGUACAGUCUUUUUCCUGCUGCUGUUAAUCCAGUCAUAUACUGUUUCAAGACUCGCGACAUUAAACACAUGCUGAUGAAGAGGCUGAAGAAAACUAAAAUUGAAUUAGAGAUAAAGCUUUCACCUUAA